GUUAGGUAUGUGUAUUUAACUCAUCCAGGAAGUAUAUAUGUCUUCCUACAAUGUACACACAUACCACAUUGAUUUCUGUUAAUAGCUGUUAUAAAAAGGUCAUUUUGAACAUAUAAAACCUGUGCAUGUGGUUGUUAAAAUAUUAAUUUAUAGAAAGAAUGUAAAUGACAGCUCUAUGUAUUGAGGUUAACUUUUUACUCUUUGCAAAGGAAUAAAUUGUGUUAUGUGAAUCAACAUUAUCAUAACAUCUUAGGAACAUGUGGUUUAUAUAGACACAGUUUUCAAGUUUUCAAGUUCAAGUUUGCAGAUGCAUGGAUCUUGUUUCUUAUAGAGAAAUUCUUUUAGGACAGCAUCUGAAAAUGAAAACACUGUUCAGACUAUGGAAUUUAAAAGCAAUCAAGGAAUUAUAUAAGCAGUUUUGUUUGUUUGAAAAAUAAAUUGUUUAUUGAGUAAUAUACUGGUAUAUAGACAUUGAAAUAGUUAAAAAGUGUAUAAUGAAAUGUGAUCUACAUGUGUAUUAAAACAGACAGAUGUUCAUGUAUUGAAAGACUCUUUCACGGUUUUAUAUAUAAUACCAUAAUUACUAAUGAAGUGACUAGUUGACCUAAUCUACAAAGACUUGGCCUGACAAUGUGAACUUUUAAUUUGACUUUGACUUAAGAUAUGCCUGGGAUAUAUGUGUAAUCAGUUGACAUAAACACCACUGAUAAUAUUUUAUGAUAUUUAAUUUUUGAUAAAAUAUUAACAAGACAUAAAAUGUCUGACCAACCAUUGGGUGGUGUGUUGAAAGGAAAGUAGAUUCAUCCUCUAUUAGCAAACAGGUUUGAAUAACAUUUGCAUGCAGGAUCAACUCAUUAUGUUUGUAAUCUAGUUAAAUAAUUGCAUGAUAAACUUUCUCUGAAGUGGCGAAGGACAUUUUGCAUGUUUUGGUUGAAGUGAGAAAUUUCUUUAAAGUUGUAAAUUUUUAUGUAUAUUUUUACUGAAUUACCCAAAAGAAAAUGGCUAGAUAUGCAGAAUUUACUAAAAGAGCAAGUCAGUGGAUCUACGAUAUGGUGAAUGUGACAGGUAUUAUAAGGUUGAUCAACUCUGGCAAUGCUGAAACCUUGGAAAAUGGACUGGUCAGUGUACUAGAUGAAUGGGAGGAAAGUGGAGAUGACAGGGAUAUCCUAACUGUACCGUUAUUUGAGGAUUUACCAUUACUUAAUUAUGCUUGUACCCUGGACGAUAUUUGUGUUGAUAUUGUGAUUGUGCUGAUUUCUAAUGGUUGUGAUGUAAACUUGCCUUCCAUAGAGGGCACUCCAUUACAAAUUAUUUCUAGAAACGGUAAUUACCAGUUGAUUAACAUUCUCUUAGAGAAUGGAGCUAUUCUGGAGACAGAAGAAGAUCCGAUAUUCUCAGAGAACUCUCCAUUUUACCUGGCAUCACUGUAUGGACACACAGAUGUUGUGAGAAGAUUGUUGAGCUAUCAGCCAAGUACGUCAACUUUUAAUUUUUCUCAGGAAAUGGUAAAAGAUGAUGGUGUAAGGAGUUGCCUGCUGUUUGCGGCUUGUAGGGGAGGUAAUCUUGAGAUUGUAAAAAUGUGGCUCAGUCCUUCCAUGGAUAUCAACCAUCCAAAGCUGUUUGUCAGUUCAUUAGAAGAUUGUGAAAAUGGUACACCCCUGUAUGCUGCUUGUUCAGGUGGUCAUUAUGAUGUGGCUAAAUUUUUAUAUGACAUGGGAGCAAACCUGACAGACAAAAUUUGUAGAGAAUUCCCAGAGAUAGCUGGCAGAAUUCUGGAGUCUUGUAUCAGUUUCAGGGACGAAGACUUCUGUGAUGAGGAUCAGGAGGCAGGGCACGUAGCCAAGUAUAGACAUCUAAGUCUAGGUGGUUUUAAUUAUGAUUGGGUGGCUGGGGUACAUAAUACAAUUGUUGAGCUGGACCUUAAUGAGAACAACUUGUCAACAUUGCCUCCAGAAAUACCAUGGUGCUUGCCUAACUUAGUUCAUUUGAAUCUUGCCCGUAACAAACUAGUCAAAUUAUCUUCACCUGAGGGUCAGAUACUGUGUGAUAGUUUAUCGGAAAUCCAGCUGGGAGAUAACAAGUUAGAAGACAUUUGCCACGAAGUAUUUCAGUUACAAUCUCUAGUCACUUUAAAUCUUUCUAAUAAUAAUCUGAAAUAUCUACUAAAGACACUUCAUUCACAGUAUCCAGUUGUUACUUCACAGACCACAGAUAGUUCAAGUUUUGUUCAGUGUCCAAAUUUGCACUACUUGAAUGUAUCCCAAAACAAGCUAGAAAUGUUACCACACGAAUAUAUCAGAAAAUGUUCUGGAUUAUCUACUCUAGAUGUUAGUCACAAUAGACUGGUAUCCUUUCCUAAUGCUUGGGACUGUAAUAUGGCUAUGUUAAAUCUUUCCCAUAAUGAGUUAGAUAGAUGUCCUGUCAGUUUGGAACAGUAUUGGUGUGGCACAUUGAGAACGUUACGGUUGAAUAAUAACAAACUGGAGGAAAUCAACGAAAGUGUUGUCAAAUUAGGUUGUUUAGUUGAGCUGUAUGCUAACUACAAUAAGAUAUCUAGACUUCCUGAUCCAGAUCAUUGGGAGUGCUCACAACUUUAUUUAAUGGAAUUAUCACAUAAUUGUUUGGGACCAAAACCUACUAAUAGUUUGAAACACUUUCUGUUUAAUGAAAGAAUUUCAGCAGUAUUAAACAAAAAGAAAGAAGAUCGACAUGUAGAGGAAGAUAACUAUUCUUUCCCACCUUUCUUAGGAAAUUGUUUACAUGACCUUGACCUCAGCCAUAACAACCUGAAUCAAGUUCAUUCGAGUGUUUCACAUCUAGUCUCAUUACAUCAUUUAGACAUAUCACAUAAUCCUGCCAUAAAGACAUUACCAAAGGAAUUGGGCAAAUUGAAGGUCACAUGUAUGAUUAAAAUGGAUGGUGUCAAUAUUACUGAUAUGAAGAAGCUGAUUGACACAGAUUGUGAUCAGCAACAGAGAUCAAAACAAAUAAUCUUAAGUUUGAGAAAUGAUCUGAGACAAUCUGAGAAGUAUUACAAAAUGAAACUUGUCAUUCUGGGAAAGAAGGACAAAGGAAAGACAACUCUUGCUGGAUUGUUGAAAGGUCAAACAUUGGGUAGUCACCAUUUACUUGGUGUACAACGACAUGACAUUGAACUUCCACCAAAGGGGACUCUAUUAAAACUCUUCAAGCACCAGGACUAUCCCACCAUAAAGUUUUCUCUAUGGGAUAUGAGUGGUGAUCCUACAGUGGCAGCUACCCAUCAUUGUUUCUACACGCCAAACUCACUUUACAUGUUAGUGUGGGAUUUAUGGUCCUUAGAGAAGGAACUGGACAAAAUCGGCCAGUAUCUUUACAGUAUUCAGGCAAGAAUGCCAAAUGCCAGUAUCUUGUUGGUUGCCACAUUCUUAGACAGAAACACCUUACCAACCAAACAACAAGAUGUCUUAAGGAUAAAACAGUUAUUACUGGACCGUUAUGGACCAGAAGGAGACCGGGCCAGUGGUUUAUCAUCUAGACUAGAUACUGACAGUUUUAUACCAGUGUCUUGUACAACAAAAGAAGGUAUAUCAGAACUGAAAGAAAAGCUGUAUGACCUUGCAACAAGGGUACCAGAUCCAAACAACAGACCUAACAAACUGCUGGGUAGGAGUAUACCAAAGAGUUACCUUUAUUUAGAGACAGCCAUGCAGGAAGUUUUGAAAACUAAAUUGAAUGAACACAGACAACCGUUUUUAGAACAUGAAGAGUUCCUUGAAAUUAUAAACAAAGUACCAAACAAUGAUCUUGAUUCUGCUGAAGAAAUUCGUCAAGUGACAAAGUUUUUAACAGAAAAUGGAACAAUCCUGCAUUUCAAUGAUCAGUUGAAAGGAUUAAAUAAUUUGUACUUUCUUGAUCCAACAUGGUUGUGUGAUGUCCUGUCUAAAGUCCUACUACAUGUAGUACAUGAUCCUAAUGUUAGAGGCGGAAAAAUAAGCAAGGUUGAAGUAAGAAGGAUAUUCAGUGAUGAUCCACGCUUUCCUGAUGAUUACGUAGACCAAUAUAUACAGUUAAUGGAACGAUUUGAAAUUGCUCUCAGUGUAGAUUUUGGUGGGAAAUUAUUUAUACCCUCCCAGCUAUCCAAGUACCCUGCCAUUGACCUGAACCGAUCUGAUGAACUAGGGUUAAAGGUUAUCAGACUUUACAAGAUGGCAUUCAUUCCCUCUGGAUUCUGGAGUCGACUUUUGUCACGGUUGAUGUAUAGAAUAGAACUACUAACAUCAGACUGGAUUCUAAAUAAAUCUCUUACUUCAUCUUUUACACCUGCAAAGUUCCAAAAAAUGUUGGAGAGACAGAGCUCAUCAUCCAGCGGAUUACAGAUCACAAAGAAAGAUAUGAUCUAUUGGGAAGAUGGUUUGUAUCUAGGACAUGAUUCUGGUUGUUUACUUGUGGAGGCGACAGUUGUUCCACAAGGCCAUGGCAUGGCUCCACACAGAGGUGUUUUGAUAACUGUACAAUCAACAAAGGGAGAUUACUCAAUCAUGGGGAUUGUUGUGGAUGAGAUCGAUGACUUGCUCAAUGAUCAUUACCCAGGUUUAAUGGAGUGGGAUGAAUACGGUCAGCCUAGAGUUCAGAGAUAUGCCAUGUGUCCAGAUUGUUAUGACUCAUCCCAUUCAUUACCUAAAGGUCUUGAUCAUUUCUCAGUAGAGCACUGUGCUAGGCUUAUCAUGUCAUCUGAUACUAUCACAUGUCCAAAAAAUUUAAAAAUACCUCUGGUGCAGUUAGUCCCAGAAUUACUCAUGCAUGAAAUUCCAAAAAAGUUUAUAAUAGACAUUUCAAAAUUAUCUGUGGAAGAGGACAAUCUGCUAGGUAUUGGUGUCGCAGGUAAAGUUCUUAAAGGACACUAUGGUGGCAUCGAUGUGGCAGUGAAAUUAUAUCAUGGAGCACCAUAUGCCAGCUUCCAAUUGAGUAGUCUAGACAGUAGUUAUCACACGGGAGGUGACAAAGCUGAAGAUCAGGCAGAACAAGAUGACAUUUACAAAAAUUAUUCUGCUUAUACCAUUGAUGUUGAUGAAGCUAAUAGUAUCAAAGCAUGGAGAGCUUUUAUGGAGAUGAGACAAGAAGUGCUGGUUACCAGUAAACUAAACUAUCCAUAUAUUGUUUCCUUUCUUGGUAUAUCAAUCAGACCAAGUCUGUUGAUGUGUCUUGAGUUUGCUCCCCUGGGUAACUUCAGGACAAGUAUUGAUAAGGCCAUAGUAAACAGGGAACCAUUCAACAAAUACAGAGACAAGGAUAAAAUCUUCCCUGCUGUGUUUGAAAAAGAAGUUACAUAUAAAAUGUUGUUUCAGAUUGCAAGUGGCCUUGGUUACCUACACAAACAUGGAAUUAUAUACAGGGAUUUAAAAUCUGACAAUAUAUUAGUUUUCUCCCUUGAAUUGAAUUCUCCUGUCAAUGUUAAACUGUCUGACUAUGGUAUAUCUAGAUUUUGUUCUUCUGGAGGUACGGUUGGACUAGUAGGAACACCAGGGUACCAGGCACCAGAAAUAAUUGAGGGGCAAGCUUAUGAUGAAAAGGUGGACAUAUUUUCCUUUUCCAUGGUGAUAUAUGAAGCGUUGUCAGGAAGGAGACCAUUUGAAGAAUACAAAAACCUUGCACAAAUUUCUACAGCAAUGAAAACUCAGUCAAAAAGACCAUGUCUAAAGGAUUACAAUGUUGACCCAGGAUUCCCAUCUGUAGAGCAAUUAAUGAGAGAUUGUUGGACCAGGUCAGCUGACAAAAGGCCUUCCGCUGAAGAUAUUGUUUCAGAUUUGUGGAUGAGAUCCAUUCAGUUUAUUUCAUUAAAGAAGACUUUUAAAUUACCAUGUUUACUGAAGGAUGGACCAAUUGACUGCAUGUCAUUCACUUCUGAUUCUAGAAAAGCGGAAACUAUAUGGUUGUGGGAAGGAUGUGAAGAUGGUAGAAAGUAUACUACACUUGAUAAAUAUACUACAAAAGAUAAUAAUGGUUGUGUUCCACCAGGUGAUAGUCUACCAGGCAGCAGAGUGACCUGUAUGUGUCAGGUAGACAAAGAUAUCUGGAUAGGUACUGAGGGCUAUAAGAUUGAGACAUACAGUCAUCAGUGCUUUGUCAAGAAGGAGAAGAAACCUUUAUGUACUUUUGCAACACCUUAUGCCAUAGCAACAAGUAUUCAGUUCAUAAAACAAGACUCACAGGAGGACAAAAAAGUGUAUGUUACCCUUGAUACAGGAAAAGUGAUGGUGUUUGAACCAGUUAAUAAGACUGUAACAAUACGAAAUCUCCGUGGACAAACACACACAAGUGAAGCUCUGUGUGGAUGGAGGACUACAAAAACAUUGACAAUUGGAAAUUCUCCAGCUACAUGUAUGGCUUACAUUCCACCAAGUGGACAAUCAAGAAAUGAGAUAUGGAUUGGUUGUGGUGGCAGUAUAUGUGUUGUUAGUAAUUCCACUUGUAUGGUGGAGGACCACGUACCUGUCCAAAGACUGGUUAAAAAUGCAGCAUUACAUACGACCAGAAUGGUUAAAUCACUUGUCUAUUAUGAUGAUAGAGUGUGGUGUUUGAUAAAUGAUAGUGCUAUUGUAAUUGAAUUUGACGUAGACCUAAGAUUACCGACAUACAUUUUUGUCAUGGACGAUUAUUCCCCUACUGGAUUUGUAGUUUCUGAAUAUAUAUCUGGCAUUAGCUUGACCGGAAGUUCUGAGUCUAUAGAUAUGGUAUCAUCAGUAUUAAAGUCAGUGGAUAGUUGUGGAAGUAAGAGACCUAAUGCAGGUUACUUCAAUCUAAAUGCAAAUUUUAAUGACGUUCAGGAUGAAAAUAAUAGUGAUCAAGGUGAAAAAACUAUGGAAUCAGGAGACUUUGAAAAUGACAACGAACUUAAUGAGUGCACAUGGAUUGUAUCUGAUGAUAAAGCUGACAAAAGUGAACCACCACCAAUACCAAGAAGAACACCAACUAUCAAAGCCGACCCUGUUAAACUGGGUGAAACACCACCACCAGUGCCACUGCGACCUCAUCGUAAACCACCUAUCAUCCCACCACGAAGUCCAAGACCAGGAUCUCGAUCAUCAAGCUGUAGUAGCUUGCCAAAGACUGAUGUCAGACCAAAAAUUCGAGUAUCAUCUUCUUUGUCUGGUGGAAGUCACCAAGAAAUAGAUGAGUGCAUAAAAGUAUGCUCUAUUGUAAAUGUUGGUGACACUUUGUGGGUUGGUCGUAACUAUGGUGAUAUACUAAUUGUUAAUAUAGGUCAGAGAAAUUCAUAUCAGUAUGGUGAGGUGAUCACAGUUUUGAAAGUGACGCCAUCGGCACACAUGGGAAACGAUGUUGAGGUAUUGUUAUCAACUGGAAGUUCUGUGAUAUCAUUAAGUAAAACUGGUGACAGUAAAAAGGGAGAAGUCAUUUCCUGGGAACCAUAUAACAGUACAGAUAUCAAAAGAAUUCAAAACUAUUGGUCAAUGAAAAGGAAUUCCAAAGAUAUAUCACAAGAAACUGAAAUUAAAGACAUUGGAAAAUUUUAAGGCCAAACAAAAAAGUAUAUGUGUUUAAGAUCUCCUCUUUUAGAAAAAAAAUGAAAUUGGAAAUUCCUGAGACCAAACUGAAAAGUAGUGUGUUAAGUGUCUCCUCUUUUUGUAAAAUAGGGUAAAAAGGUAGCACUUUGUUUUCCAUUUUACUUAUUUAUUAAACCUGGAUCUUGUCAACAUUCACUACAGAAGUGUUGAUACAGACUAUCAUGUACCGGUAGACAUUUUGAGUAGGGAACCAUUCACCAUAUUUAAAAAAAUUGUUCUUAUUAGCUACAUAAUGUCACAGGCAUAGGAGCUUGGUCAAUUGACCCUCUCCCACUGUUUUGGAAAGAAAAAAUAUUGAAAAUAAAAAAAAAAUGACAUAGGACACUGACUAACCUUUACACUUUAUACAGUCAAUAGAAAAGCUUUAUUCUUUUUUGCUUUUUUGCUUGUUACUUUCAGCUGUGCAACAAAGAGGUAGAUAUGGUGAAGGUUUCAAGCCUCAAUAAAAAAUGUAAUACAAAUUUGGGUUGUUGGAUUUUCUUUUAUCUGAAUUGUUUGUUAAAAGCUUUUUUAAAAAGAGUUCUCAUUUCUGUAUUGGGUAUACACCAAUCAGCAUCAAAUUAACUAAAAAAAAUCUGUACGUUGACCUCUAGAUGUCUUUUCUAGGCAUUUGUUUUAUUAGGUUGCUAUUUUCUUGCCAAAUACCCAAAUCCUGUUGUUAUAUUAGUUGGUUACCGUUCAGCGAUCAACUAUAGAGAUGUACCAAUCUUGUAUGGCAAAUAUUUUUGUAACCUUGAAUCCAUAAAAACUACAAAAAGAUGUAUAUAUUCCAUGAUUUUGCAGAACUUUUUUUUUUUAGCAAUACUUGAAAAAGUCUUUUUUGUUUGAUGGUACACAUAUCCCAUCUUUUAUUCAUACUUGUUAUCUGCUACUCAUUUGUAGAAGUUCAGAUUGGGUAGUAGACUGGAAAUUUAUUAACUUUAUUCUUUGAAUUAUUAGGUUUUAAAAGUGCCAAUCUGCCUAAGAAUCAGACAGUGGUGAAAACCUUAAAAACAAAAACAUGCUCAAAUUUACAUUGAUUAAGUUCAAAAAUUAUAAUGGUGCACGAAUAUAACAUUUGUUUCCUUUUCCUGUUCUGGUAUUUCAAGAUAUGAUUUGGUUGAAAUGCAUUAGAAAUUAACAAUUAAGGGGAGCUUACUCUGUAAUUUGCAAUCAAUCUAAUCAAAAGUUAUCUCGAGAUUUCUCAAACUACAAGACACGCAGAAACCAAACACCUACCAUUUCUAACUAAGGAUGAGGUUAACUUCAAUAUAAGAUAGUUAGGUCGGCAGGUUUUUUCGGCCAUGUUUUGAAAUUCUUCUAAAUUGCCUGAUUCUUAUAUUACAGACGAGCACUUUAAAAAGAGAAAGAAAUGAGAAUCCCUAAAAUUAAUUAAAUUUAUUAACUAGAGGCUAUACCAAAAUGAAACAUAUAAAGGAGGUGAGGAAGGCUCUAAAGAUUGCAACCUGGUGAACCAUAAAAUUUUAAAUGGAAAAUUUAAUGCUUUAUUGUGUGAAUUUUUUCAACAUCCAACUUCCUCUAUAUUAUUAAAGAGUGCUAUGGGUUUUGUUCAAUAUUGAAGGCUAGACAGUGACAUGUAAUUAUUCACAUCUUUGUCCUUUGUCUUUAUAAUGGAUAGUUGUCUCAUUGGCAAUCAUACCACAUUUUCUUAUUUUUUUUUAUCACUUUAUUUAGUUUAAGAGGUUUGAUUGAAAAGCAACAUUAUAUUUUACGCAGUGAAUAAUUAGUAAAUUUAAAUAGAAUACCAAAACUGCUGAAUUAAAGUCUGCAUUAUUGUUGUAAUUAUUAAACACUUGAUAUUCAUGAAAUUUCUUGACCUGCUGCCAAUUAAAAGCAAUUAUAUUGUGAGCUUUAUUUAUAGUUAUGUUCAUCUGUUCUUAUCGCUUGUACAUUUAUAAAAGCAUAAUGCAUUCAUUUUUGAAUUCUUAUGAAUAGCACCAGUAACUGUAUCAUGUAUAUCCUGUAUAUAUUUUAUACAUUCAGUUCUUCAUGUCAACAUGUGUAAACUGCCACAUUUCUUUUUGAUCAUAAACUUAAAUUAUUAGUUAAAAUUAUUAUAAUUUCCUUCUACAUUUUCUAAUAUUUACAAAGAACAUUUUAUCAGUAUCUUGAUAGACAAAAAUAGCAUUAAGAACCAACCUGGCAAAACCUUCAUUGGUAGUCUAGGUCAUUAAACACCCUUGUUGUAGAAAUAGUAGUAUCAACAACUGUAUAUGUCUGAUGUGCAGCUAUAAGUAUGCACAUUAUGACUUCUAGAUGAUUUAUUGAAAAAUGAAGAAGUGUAUAUUUGCUGCAAUCAUUGUGUAGUUCACUUGAUAUUAUUUAAUGUCAACUUUCAAAUUUUCUCUUUAUCUAAUUUUGCUAACUAUAUAGCAUUAUAAAAAAAAUUGCAAAGUUUGUUUUUUUACAGGUCCUUUUCAGUUUCUUCCAGUAAAGUUCAGGGGAACCUCUGUAGUAUUUCAAAAAUAUACAUCAGAGUCGGCGCAAAACUAAGUUUUACAUAAGAGGCCAGGAGCAAAAGUGUUUAAAGAAAAUUCUUCCUAAAAUAUUAUUGGAAAAUUUAAAACAAUAUUAAAUCAGCCUUGUUAUCAUUGCUAUAAAAUGUCUUUUUUAUUGAGUCACUGUUGUUAAAUGUUUAGUCAAGGUCACAUACUCCCCAGUCCCAUCUUCUCUUUUAGAUUAAUCUUAUUAUAGAGUAUUGAAAUGUAUCAUAAAAUCCAUCGUCCCUCCCCCUAUUCUUUAAAAUUUUAUUUAUUGUUGCAAUAUUAUAAACCAUAGUCCAGACAUAUUUUUAGAUAUAUAUUUCCAUGACUCUUUCAUAUAGCAUAUAUAGCGAAAAUAUAUAUUUUUUAAUCAAUUGCAAUUACAUUGACAAUUUUUAUAUGUGGCUGGCUGAAUUGUUUGGUGCUAAAAUAUAACAAUUGUUAAAGUCUUAUUUUUUAUCAAAUGUUUUGAUAGUUUGUUAUUAAAUAUAGUUUAAUGGAAUAUUUAUUAGUUACCAAUCCAGAUAUUGUUGACAAUUGAUGUAUUGCAUUGUGAUUAUCAUUUAUGUAAUAAUAAACUGUUAUUUGUUUAAAAUAAACAUUGUUAGAUGAA